AUGAGUACAUGCCUGUCUAAUCAGAGUAAUUCCUCCUGUUCAUGCAAAUCCAAUUCAGAAAAGAUAAAACAACCAACCCUAAAACAAGCAGAAGACAAUGAUGAUGAAGUUGUUUGGGCCGAGGAUGGGGAUGAUAAUGAUGAUGCUACAAACUCAUCCAUAGAUAGACAACAACAACAACUAGCGUACAACGACGUGAUACGAAAGCAUCGCAAACAAGGUUACGUUGAUGGAAUAACAGCUCAUCGAGAAGAUCAAUUACAACGUGGUUUCGAUGAUGCGUUUCCUCGAGGUGCAAAAUUGGGCAUAGAAGUUGGCAGAAUUCUAGCUAAAUUGAAAUGCAAACAAGGCGGAAAAGAAGAAGAAGAAAAUGGGCAGAAUGUGGAAUUUAAACGUGCUAUUAAUGGCCUAUCAAUAUCCAAAGUAUUGGAUCGACAAUAUUUUGACGAUCAAUUGGAGCCCAUGCCAACUCAUGAAUUGAUUGAAAAAUGGAAACAAAAAUGUUUGUCUUAA